CCCCUUUGGACUAUUAGUAAAUCUGCAAAAGAACACGUGUGUGUGUUUGUGCGUGUGUGUAGCUUAUCUAUUUCCUCAAUAUGUUAGGUUUUGAGAGAUUGUCAGGGCUAAAUAAGCUGGAAAUCUUAGAUUUGAGCGACAACACACUGAAUGAUGAAAACGUGCUCUCUGCUCUAGAGCUAAAUAAAUCACGAACAACUUUGAAGAAGCUCGAUAUAAGGAACAACAAAUUUCGAAGCUUCAUAACAGAUGAAGGUACAUAUAAUUCAUUAAGUAGUUUUAUUUUACUUAAUUGCCUUGCUGUGUAGAUAUAACAUAUAUUGGUUAAAAUACCUUCUAUUAUAUAUCAAGUCUUGGUUAAGAAUAUUUGCCUUGUCUCCACUUUCAAGUCUCUUGUCCCUUGAAUAUCUUUUGUUAGCAAACAACAACUUUGAAAUUCCAAUUUCAUUUGAGUCAUUUGCUAACCACUCAAAACUUAAGUUUGUAAUUGCUGACUACAACUCAGUAGCUGUACAAACUUCUUCUAAAUUAAGUUGGAUCCCGAAGUUUCAAUUGGAAGCCUUUUCUAUAUCCAACUGCUCUAAAAUGCCAAGUUUCCUUCAUUAUCAAUAUGACUUGAGACUUCUUCGUCUCUCGCAAUGCAAUAUUAGUGGAAACUUUCCAAAUUGGCUGUUAGAAAACAAUUCUAGACUUGGAGAAGUUUACUUGGGUGGAAAUGCAUUCACUGGAUCUCUUCAGUUGCCAUCCCUUCCUAAUCUGGAAGCUUUUGAUAUCUCAAACAACAAGAUUCAGGGACAAGUUCCUCCUAACAUUGGGUCGAUUUUCCCUGAUCUCGUGAUAUCAACAAUGUCAAACAAUAUGCUUGAAGGAUUGUUGCCUUCAAGUUUUGCUGACAUGAAAAACCUUGAAUGCUUGGAUUUGUCGUGCAAUAAGUUAAAUGGAGAGUUGCCGAUAGGAUUGGCUCGUAGAGGAUCCAAGUUAUAUUUUCUGAGAUUGUCGAAUAACAUGUUGAAAGGGGAAAUAAUUCCAGCAUCAACUUACAUCAACAGUUUCAAAUACUUAUAUUUGAGGGGGAACAGCUUCUCGGGCUCAAUUCCAAAAGAGUUGUCCACAGCACCCUUACAUUCAUUAGAUUUAAGUUACAAUAAUUUGUUAGGAAACCUACCAUCCUGGCUUGGUCAUAUCCCCUCCUUAACCCACCUUUCGUUGUUUAGUAACGAUCUAAAAGGUCAUAUUCCACCUGAUUAUUGUAGACUUGAAGGACUUGAGGUCUUGGAUCUCUCCGAAAGUAACCUUGUUGGUUCAAUUCCAUCAUGUUUCAGUGCUUCCCUAAACCUAAAACGUGUCUAUUUGAGUCAAAACUUGCUACAAGGGGAAUUCCACAAGUUCUCAAAUAGCUCAAAUUUGAAGGUGUUAGAUCUUAGAGAUAACAACUUUACUGGUUCAAUUCCAAAAUGGUUGGGAAGUCUUGAGAUAACCACCUUACUCUUGAAAGGAAAUCAUCUUCAGGGCAUCAUUCCUACACAAUUAUGCCAUUCAAGUAAACUGAGAAUGCUAGAUCUUUCUCGUAAUAAUCUCUCAGGACCUAUACCUCAUUGCUUGGGGAACAUAAUGCAACGAGGAACGAGUUCAGAUAUAUACCCCUACACUCCAUCAUUUAGUUAUCCAGGAUUUGAGGUGGGGUAGAGAUGCCAUGGUAUUUGUAGAAGAUUCAAUGGAGAGAUCGACGAUUUCCUUUCAGAAAAACUAUGGAUGGGUUGGAGCAGAUUUUACAACCAAGUAUAAUACCUAUUCCUAUGAAGGUAGCGUUGUUGAUUAUAUGUCUGGAGUUGAUCUUUCUUGCAACCAGUUAAGUGGUGAAAUACUCUGUAAUCUUACCCAAAUUCGAGCACUAAACUUGUCACACAACCACAUCACUGGUGCAAUACCAUCAGAGUUCUCAAAACUCCAGAAUAUUGAAAGUCUGGACCUAUCAUACAACAACUUAAAUGGGACGAUUCCCACUCAACUUCUAGAGCUAAGAACUUUAACAGUUUUUAGCGUGGCACACAAUAAUCUAACAGGUUUGACUCCACAGCGUAAAGGGCAGUUUGCAACUUUUAAUGAAAGCAGUUAUGAUGCGAAUCCUUUUCUUUGUGGUCCUCCUUUACACAACAGUUGCAUGGAGACUUUACAGAUACUGAUAUCGCCUCUUGUGCCAAACUGCUAUGAAGACGAGGAUGCUUUUCUGGAUAUGGAGUCGCUCUAUAUUUCCUUUCUUGUGUCGUAUGCAAAUGUGUUGCUCCUGGUGGUUGUAGUCCUCUGCGCAAGCUCCUAUUGAAGAAAUGUUUGGUUUUCUUUCAUUGAGUCUUCUAUGUACUCUUGUUACAAUUAUUUUGCUUCCAAUAUGUAAACCUUAUUGUAAGGUCGAUCACUUUAAAUACAUAAUAUAUAAU